AAAAAAUAUAAGGUGAAUUCCUUCCCUUCCCCACUUCGCACCUUGCUCUCGUCCGGCCUACGUUUCUUGAAGCACAAUUUUUCUCUCUUGCUGCGUUUUCGUCUUUGAUCAGUAACAAUGUCUCGAAGAUAUGAUAGCCGUACUACAAUCUUUUCUCCUGAAGGCCGCCUUUACCAGGUUGAAUAUGCAAUGGAGGCUAUUGGAAAUGCAGGGAGUGCUAUUGGAAUUUUAGCUAAAGAUGGAGUUGUAUUAGUUGGUGAAAAGAAAGUCAUAUCCAAACUGCUCGAAACCUCUGGGUCAGUGGAGAAGAUGUACAAGAUUGAUGACCAUGUAGCAUGUGCCGUGGCAGGAAUCAUGUCUGAUGCCAACAUUCUGAUCAACACAGCAAGGCUCCAGGCUCAGCGGUAUGCUUAUGCUUACCAAGAGCCAAUGCCAGUCGAACAGCUAGUUCAGUCUUUAUGUGACACCAAACAAGGCUACACACAGUUUGGUGGUCUUCGCCCCUUUGGUGUUUCAUUCCUCUUUGCAGGCUGGGACAAGAAUUUUGGGUUUCAGCUCUACAUGAGCGACCCCAGUGGGAAUUAUGCAGGUUGGAAGGCUGCGGCAAUUGGAGCUAAUAACCAAGCGGCACAAUCGAUACUCAAGCAGGAUUACAAAGAUGAGAUCACUAGAGAAGAGGCUGUGCAGCUUGCUCUUAAGGUACUCAGCAAAACAAUGGAUAGCACAAGCCUUAACUCAGAGAAACUUGAACUUGCUGAGAUAUUUUUGUCUUCUGGGAAAGUGAAGUUCCAGAUAUGCCCAGCGGACAACCUCAACAAGUUGUUGGUGAAGUCGGGAUUGACCCAAGCAACUGCAGAAGCUUAACUACUACUUAAUCUUAUCUACAGACUCAUGCUGUGCUCUUAUCUCUCUCUCAAUUCAUUGCCUGUUUAUGGAAGCAUUUAUUGUGUGCCUUAUUUUGCUGAUGAUGCUUGAGGGAGGAUAUCUGAAUUUUAAGUUUCAUUUCUUCUAUCAGAAACAUCAUACUUUGGUUGUGAAA